CCAAGUGUUUUCAAUUUAUUUUCAAGAAAGUGUAGUGACUUUGAAGCAAAUGUACUCGAAUUAGAACGGAUUUUUCUGUGUUAAACAUUGUCGUUUGUUGUGAAGAACAAUAUCCUGUGGGGAAAACAACAUACAAUAUUUUCCUCAUCGAAACCAAAAUGGCGAUGGCUGCAUGUUAUUCUAGCUACGACCUUUCGGGGUCACAGGGUGUGCCUACACAUCAUCAAGUCCAAUCGCAACAGCAAAUUGUACCAAUAACGGUUCAACAAUCGUCGAGACUAUCGACGUCUCAAUCAUCACAAAAGGAUUAUAGUUUACCAUUGCAUGUCGACUGUAGCGUCGAAUAUGAACUGCCAAAUCAAGCGAAACCUCCGACUGGUGCACGAAUCGAACCACUGCUUAUGAUACAUCCUUGCUAUUUUCGAAAAAUGGAAAGUCAACGACGUAGUCCUUUUAUUAAUAACAUGCCAAAUUCGAAUAGAAACUCUGCAACGGUUGCUAUAGUACCGACGCUAUCCAGCAGCACUUCAACUAGUAGUUCCAAUACAACAUCCAUUCGAAAAUCAUCGAGGAUAAAUAAUCAAUCAAGUAGUCAACAUCUUGCUCAGCAAAUACAACAGCAGCAAAUGUCCCAGAUGUCUCAACAGGCUCACUAUCCAGUUGUUCAGCAGCAGCAGCAGCAGCAGCAACAACAACAACAACAACCACAGCAACAUUCUCUGCAGUCCCAAAGACAACAACAACCAUCUCGUCGAGCUGUGAUACAUUGCCAAAAUCAAGUACAAAUCUCAAACAAUUCGGCAUGGGAUCAAAUACAGACUCCCAGCGCUGUCGUUGCCGGCGGAAGUGGCGGUAGAGUCUGUAAUAGUAGUGGUUUAUCAAUGUCAAAUGUUGGCAUUCAACAAGGCACAGUAAAUGUGACCGGUCAAUCAAUGUACAGUAAACCGAUUGGUAAACGCAACGAAGCAAUGCUAUCCGGUGGCGGUUGUGGAGGUGUUUACAGUAAUAACAACAACACAACGUUAAACAAUAACAACAUUUCCAAUUCAUCCGAUUUUCGUGUUAGCAAUGUGCGAUGGGAACCGGAACGUAGUCCGAUGGCCGCAAUACCGAGAGAUUACCAGGCCGGUCCCGAUGCGAUGCCUCUAAUUAGUAAUCGUGACGAUAAACAUAUUUUAAGUGGCAAAUAUAGGCAAUACCUACGAUCACAUCGAUUGCAUCCGUAUAUGACGGGUUCAACGGGUUCGACAUUUCCUCAGCUAACAACAUCGACAUUUCCACAAAUGCAGCAAGUUUCUUGUUAUAAUGUGUGAUUAUUUUAAUAGAAGCUGGAUAUUUGACGAGAAAAAAAAAAUAAAUCGAUUGUUUUACGAUGAUGUGCGCGCUUUCGUAUGAAACCUAAUUUUAAUGGAAAAAGAAGAAAUUUUUUUUCUUGUUAAAAAGUCAAAAAGAAAAGUAAUAAUUUUUUCAUGUGUCGUUCCACUGUUUAUGUUUUUUUUUCCUUAUAUUUGUGUCUUAUGAAACUGUUUAACGAGACAAUUUUUAUUUCGGCAACAUUGUUUCCGUUGCAUUUAAAUGUGAUAGUAGAUUUAUUCCAAAUCAUCAUUAAUUAAAGUAUUAAUUAAAUAAAACAAACAAAAAUAUUGAUGAAGAAGAAAAUAAAUAAAUUAAGCAACAACCAAUAAAAGAGAAAGAGACAAA